AUGCCGGAUAAUAUUCUGUUCCCAUACCGGAGCAGCUUCUACUUCUUCGACUUGCGCUGGGGCACAAUAAUGGUGGCGGCGGGGGACGCUGUGGUGAGCUUGGUCCGCCUGGUGCUGGUUCUGACCAGGGUGGAAAUGUUCGAGAAAGAGCAUAGAUUCGUUAACGUGGAUGAGCAGAAGUCAAGAAUUCGCUACACUAUUCUCUUUGGAUUAAACCUUUUUGGGACUCAAUUGCUUGGCUUGUCGAUAUUAAUAAUCGCGUACUGGCCGUACCCGGUGCUGAUGGUUCCCUGGCUGGUCAUAUUCUUGUGCUGCACCUGGUUGUACUACUCCAACAUUAUAAGCCACAGGAAAAGACCGGUGCCUAUUACAAUCUGUGUUCUUAUUAUGUUAAUAUGCCUGUACUGUUGGGGAGUUGUGUUCAGCUACUUCUGCGAGCUCAUAUUGCGUAUGCCAGAAAAUGUGCUAUUCCCGUUCCGAAGCAGUUUCUACCUGUUCAACGUGCGCGUGGGCUCAAUGAUGGUGGUGGCCGGAGACGCCCUGAUGAGCCUGGUGCGGCUGACGCUGGUGCUGACCAGGGUGGAGAUGUUCCACAAGGAGCAUAGGUUCAUUAACAUGACUUUGCACGAAUCAAGAAUUCGCUACAGCGUUCUUUUCGGAUUGAACCUACUGGCGACCCAGUUGCUUGGCGUGGCGAUAAUAUUAAGCAAAUGCCGUUCAUUGCCCGUGCUAAUGGUACCCUGGCUGGUGAUGUUCCUCUGCUGCACCUGGUUGUACUAUCCCAAUAUAAUUUACCAUAGAAAGAAGCAAGCAUGGACUAUUACAAUCUGUAUUAUUAUUAUGGCAAUAUGCUUGUACUGCUGGUGUGUUGUGCUGAGCUUCUUCUUGGAGCUCCUCGAAAAGAACAAUAAACCACAACGGCCUCAAAUAGUCGCAGCAGCAGCAGUCAAACCAGUGGUCAUGCCGGUCUUCACGUUAAAGAAGAUUCGUGAGUGUUUUUGAUAGGUAUACGAAACACUGAUGGAUGUUACGUAGCGGCGACAGUUGCCAAAGCUUUGUUUUUCAGUAGGAUUACAGAGGAUG